AUGCCAGAAUAUUGGCAUUUGGAAACUGAAAUCCAACCAGGGAAGAUGCGAUUUCCCGAACUUUCGGAUUCCUAUACAACUGAGGUGGCAUUUGACUCCGCCCACAAAAUAGUGGGUUACUGUACCAUUCGUGUUGUCAACCUAAAUCGUCUCUGUGCUGCACCAUUUUACGCUGAAAAUCCAGAAGUUGCAGCACGUCUUCUGGCAGAUGUCUCCAGAAUAAUUCCAAAUUUUGAGAAAUACGAAAAACUAAUUUUCUGGUAUCCAUCUGUUAAUAAGAAUAUGGAAAGAACGUUCUCCCCGUCUGAAACUCAAACAUUGCUCACCACAUUUUCAGUCAGAUGUGAUUUCAUUGGAAAUCCAUGUGCUGGCUAUAUUGUCGUUUCGGAUGCUCUUCAACAGAUUACUGUAAGUCAACUCCUCCUAGAAGGCUGGACAACCCUAAAACCAAGUGCAGAUUUCUAUGGAAUGGGCUUAGUGAACACAUAUUUCCGAUCUGGCCAUGAAAAAACGUGGCAAUAUGUCCAAGAAGCGCUGAGCAAUCCACAGUACCAGAAUUACGAUGUCUAUGUGACAGGACACUCGUUAGGUGGUGCAUUAGCAGGACUUGCAGCACCCAGAAUUGUGCAUGAUGGCCUCCGGCAGAGCCAUCAAGUCAAAGUGAUCACUUUUGGAGAGCCCAGGGUUGGAAAUUUGGACUUUUCUCGGACAUAUGAUCAGUUGAUACCGUAUAGUUUCCGUGUGACCCAUGCCAUUGAUAUAGUUCCUCAUCUACCAGCCUGUGUCAAAGACCUUUCCUACACCCCACCAGCGGGCUCCGAUGGGUCCAUGCCAUGUGACCCAGUGAGCACAAAUGGAGGCUAUCAUCAUGGUUUGGAAAUUUGGUAUCCUGGAAAUAUGACACAAGGAAGUCCUUACAUGAUUUGCACUGGCUUGCCUCGAGAUGAAGAUUUUAGUUGCUCAAAUGCUCCAAAAGUGGACCUGGAUGACACCACAAUGGGUGUAUGGGACCAUCGCAACUAUUUUGGAGUUGAGACGUUAGAACUACAAAAAAUGUUGUCUGGAGGUAAAGAGCUUCAAAAUGAUACCCAUAUUGCCAUGUUUUGGUGGAAAAUGAUUUUUGAGCAUUUUUGA